CCUGUACUUAGACUCGGUUUGCAUCAGAUUUCAGACGUCUGUUCAAAUUCUUCUGUGACAACACAAGACUAUGACAAUGGAAACAACCCCAACCCCUGAAUUGACAGCGUCCGCGAAGUAUGGCCAAAUGGCCUUUGACAUCUUCCUUGCAGUAAGUAUUCUUGGAUCAAGUACAAACCCCAUUUCAGGCCCAAGCUCAUGCGGCACAGGAACGAUGGGAUCCUGAGGCCGACGCAACGCAAGAUGAAAAGCAAUGGAACUCUCUAGCGCGGCAGUACCUCUCCAUGUCUCUCGGUGAGCGACAUGUACGUACUCUUGCCUAGCCUUUUAGUUCAGUGUCCCUUGUCCCGCUCCAUUCCCAAACUUGGCGCUGAUUUGAGGACGAUCUCAGCCAUAUCGCAUGGAAUCCGGUCGGCGUAGGCUCAACAACCACUAUUCAACAGCGGCAACAGGCACAGAAGCUAUCAUUCUCACUCGUAUCUUGCCUCGUUUUCAAACGAUCCAAGAGCGCAAUUUCUGCGCACUCAAAUACACUAAUGAGUCCCAUAACCCAGCUUUGCUGAGGACGUACUACAGCGACAUCAAUGGGGAGAAUAAGGAUGAGGCUCACAAGAUCAUGGUUCGCGAUGCGAUACUCGAAACCUGUGUCCAUAAAGACGGAAAUUGGAACGACAAAGCUCUGUACGACUUUGGCGAUGAUUGGCAGCGCAUCUUACUCCGCAUGCCGGAGCUGUGUGACCAAGAGGUGGGCUAUGGUGAAAGUGAAAAUAAAGAAGAAGACCAAGAAGACCUCGAAGCUCCACCACCUGACGAUCGCGAGGCAUUGGAAAGUUGGCUGUGGUCGCGCAAUGUAGCCAUCCGGUUCUAUGUCAGAGACCGUGAAGCUAUGGAAAAAGAUCUGAUCAAGGUUUUCUACCUCGAUACUCACGGUGAAGCUAUUUGGUCUCAUAAAUUCAACGCUAAGUCCAUUUUGCAGUUUAAUGGGGCUUGGUAUUCCAUGAGUUUGGCUGAGAUUAAUGGCUGCUUCAGCGGGUCUCGGGAGAAUGGCUGCGAGUUGUUCCUUUGAGAUACUGGUUUGUGGAUAGCUUGCGAGUCAAAUGAAUACCCAAAAGUACAAUACGUACUCGGAGAACAGAAAUUGUCUUUCAAUUUGCGCUCUUCGCUUAAUUGAGAAUCUAAACACAUUCCGAGUUGGUCUUAUUAAAGACCAACUUUUGCGAGUAAGAAGAUUCCUACGUUAUUGACCAAGGCAUGCCGUAGGACGAUGAGAUAAUGAAGAAAGCAGCGGAAGAGAUAGAGCGGGGAGGUGACGUCUAUUUGCACGUACGGAGGGGAUGGAAGUUGUUAUAUCCGCAAGUUAGGAGACCGACUCUGCGGCUGCGAGGCCGAAGGAGAGAGGUCGGAGCUGAGGAGGAUGUGAAAUUGUUUGGAAGGAGGGAAGUCAGUUCGUAGCCGAGACCGCGAUUUGCGCCUCGGGGGUUAGCGAGAGAAAGGGGGAGUAAGCGAGAGGGCAGGAAAGAU